GUGCACUGCCUUCACACGCAGGACGGAAUACCGGCGGCUGCGGCAGAACGGGCCCGAGACCGGCUAGAACGGCGGAGAGUGGGCACAGUGCGGGAAAAAGCACGGGGCACAAGCGGACAUUGACACUUUUGGAUAGUACACAGGCCGGGGAGCGAGCCAGAAAUCAUGACUAGCUCAGGAAAAGAAAACUCUCGGCUGAAGAGCUACAAGAACAAGUCCUUGAACCCCGACGAGAUGCGCCGGAGGAGAGAGGAAGAGGGGCUGCAGCUGCGCAAGCAGAAACGGGAGGAGCAGCUCUUCAAGCGUCGGAACGUGGCGACAGCGGAGGAAGCCGCCGAGGAGGAGGGCAUGACCGACGGCAACUUCCACGAGACACAGAUCAACAACAUGGAGAUGGCUUCGAGCGGGGUGAUCACGGCUGACAUGAUAGACAUGAUUUUCUCCAAUAACCCAGAACAGCAGCUCGCAGCGACGCAGAAGUUCAGAAAGCUUCUCUCAAAAGAACCUAAUCCCCCCAUCGAUGAGGUCAUCGGGACCCCUGGAGUAGUCGCCAGGUUUGUGGAGUUUUUGAAGAGGAAAGAAAACUGUACACUACAGUUCGAGGCCGCGUGGGUUUUAACAAACAUCGCGUCGGGGAACUCGCUGCAGACGCGCAUCGUGAUCCAGGCCGGCGCCGUCCCCAUCUUCAUAGAACUGCUGAGCUCGGAGUUUGAGGACGUGCAGGAACAGGCCGUCUGGGCUCUGGGUAACAUCGCCGGAGACAGCACCGUGUGCCGGGACUAUGUGCUGGACUGUAACAUCGUGCCUUCCCUGUUACAAUUACUUUCCAAGCAGAAUCGUCUCACCAUGACCCGAAACGCGGUGUGGGCCUUGUCUAACCUGUGCCGUGGGAAGAACCCCCCGCCGGAGUUCUCCAAGGUCUCCCCGUGCCUGAAUGUCCUGUCCUGGCUUCUCUUCGUGAUGGACACGGACGUGCUGGCGGACGCCUGCUGGGCUCUCUCGUACCUGUCGGACGGACCCAACGAUAAGAUCCAGGCUGUGAUCGAUGCCGGCGUGUGCAGACGAUUGGUGGAAAUGUUAAUGCACAACGAUUAUAAGGUGGUCUCUCCGGCACUCAGGGCUGUCGGAAACAUCGUCACCGGGGAUGAUAUCCAGACACAGGUCAUCCUGAACUGCUCAGCCCUGCAGAGCCUACUGCACCUUCUCAGCAGCCCCAAAGAGUCCAUCAAGAAGGAGGCCUGCUGGACAAUAUCCAACAUCACAGCGGGGAACAGGGUCCAGAUCCAGACGGUAAUAGACGCGAAUAUCUUCCCGGCUCUCAUAAACAUCCUGCAGACAGCGGAGUUCAGGACACGGAAGGAGGCCGCCUGGGCGAUCACCAACGCCACGUCCGGGGGCUCUGCCGAACAGAUCAAGUAUCUCGUAGACUUGGGCUGCAUUAAACCUCUCUGCGACCUCCUGACGGUCAUGGACUCCAAGAUCGUACAGGUGGCUCUCAAUGGCUUGGAGAACAUCUUGCGGUUGGGCGAGCAGGAGGCCAAGCGGAACGGUACCGGCAUUAACCCUUACUGCGCCCUCAUUGAAGAAGCCUACGGCCUUGACAAAAUCGAGUUCCUGCAGAGUCACGAGAACCAGGAGAUUUACCAGAAGGCGUUUGACCUGAUUGAGCAUUAUUUCGGCACGGAGGACGAAGACAGCAGCAUCGCCCCCCAGGUGGACGUCAGCCAGCAGCAGUACAUCUUCGAGCAGCGAGAGGCGCCGAUGGAAGGCUUCCAGCUCUGAGCGCCACCCCGGCCCAGCAUGCGACGGAGCUUAGUCCUUUCAUGUCCUCUCACCUGUUUGCUGUGUGCGCGGUACCCCCUCUCUCUCUCUCCC